AUGCCUUCGCCGACACGAGGUUCUCCAGAAUACAUGAAAGAGAGUCGGGUCUCGCAGAUUUUAGUGGGCUCAAUCCUACCGGCCGUCAUUGCCUCCAUCUUCGUGCUCGCUCGCUUGUACGCUCGGCUGGUAAUCAUCAAGAGUUUCGGAGCCGAUGACUACUGGAUUGGUAUAUCAUGGUUAGCAUCGCUAGUCCUCACUGUCAUCAACUGCGUACUGGUCAACCAUGGGUCCGGACACCACUCACUGCUUCAGUCGAAAGCUGACGGUAUCCUCACUAUCAAAAUCGCAUUCAUCACACGCAUCUUCUACAACUUCGUCCUCGGAACGACUAAAAUUGGAAUUUGUGCGUUCUACCCCCGGAUCUUUGCGAUCGGAUGA